AUGAGCAGUUGCGGUGGUGGAAGCUCGUCGAAACCAAGAAUUGCUUCUUCUCAACCUUCCGAAACUUCUUCAAAGUGCAAAAGAGGAGUUUUCCAAAAAGAACUGCAGCAUAUGAUGUACGGCUUUGGAGAUGAUCCCAAUCCUCUUCCUAAAAGUGUGGCGCUUAUGGAGGAUAUUAUUGUGGAAUAUGUCACGGAAUUGGUACAUAAAGCUCAAGAUAUUGGAUCACAGAGAGGGAAACUAUCAGUUGAGGAUUUCCUUUAUUUGAUUCGCAAGGAUUUGCCAAAACUUAAUCGAUGUACAGAAUUGUUAUCUAUGAAUGAAAAGCUGAAACAGGCAAGAAAGGUUUUCGAAUCAGAUGAAGAGAAAUUGAGGAAGGUUUUUGAAGUGGACGAACCAGUUGAAUGAUGAAUGAGAAAAAGAUCAUUGAAUUGCACCAAAUACACCAUUCCUGUUCUGACAUCUCUAGAUCAAAUUUUUGGAAUUUGAGUAUGUCUUACAUUUGAAAAUAGCCAACCUAGAUAUUUAAAUAGUUGAAUUGUAACUUCCUAAUAUAUUUGUUCUCCUAUUUAUUGUGUCCAUGAUCUUGUGAUUAGAAGAAAAUAAUUUUUAACACCCUAGAGUAACUAUCUUAAACCAAAAAGAAAUUAUUUGGUCUUAGCAGGAUAUUUUUUGUUA